AUGUCCGAUCUGAGGGCACUGAGAGAAACAUACACACGCGAGAAGUUGAUAAAAGUCAUCGAAAUCCUCAAAUGCGGACCCGAAGAGUACAACAAACGGGACCACACCUGCAAGCACUCGGACGAUUCUCCUUGCGUCGAUCCAUUAGAAUGUUGCUUAUUCGAUGAAUACGAUGAACGGUUCCCGUGGAAAGCAGUACUCGUUGGAUAUGCUUACUACGAGUCGAUCGAGACUGGGAAGCGAAUGACGGUGGGACACUUCGUGGCCGAUAUUAUCAACCGGGAGAAAAUCAGAGAUGUUUGGUAUGAUCACAUGGAAGCUGUGUCUCCUGUUCACGCUGUCGUCGCCGAGACCGUGUUUGACCGGCAAGGUUAUAUGCACCGCGAGCUCUACGAAGAGGAACCCAAGAUGGGGAGCGGCGUCUUCAAAAAGGAGAUUGGAGAAGACGAGAAGUUUCGCCGACGCGGAAUUGGAACCAAGCUGCUAAGUGGGUUGCACAAGGUCGCUAAGCAGGAGGAAAUUGAAUUCAUAUGUACCUAUCCCAAACCAGAUACGAAGGAUACCUUCACCGCCUUUGUGCGAUCAGUAGGAUACCGCCGCGUCGCACGGAGCAACAUACUCGCGUACGCCACAGAUGAACACCAUUCUUCAAGGCAACUGGCCAAACAUCUAGAUUCGAAGCCCGUCACCGUGGCUGAUCGUACUCAGCUGUUGGAAUACACAACGCCAAUCUGUCUUGUCAUUAGCAAGUACAUGGGCAAUGACGCUAUAAGAAUCCUUCAGAAAUUCCCCAUCGAUACAGACUGGAACGAAACUAGCAUCUACGGAAUCACGCCACUUCAUCUUGCUGCAAGCUUCGUCGCACCAGAAGUCAUCGCGUUUCUUCUUUCCAGGGGAAAGGCAUCCAGCAGCAUAUACCAACUCACACAUUAUGGAAAUACGCCGCUUGGCGUGUUGAAGGCGACGGGUGUUUCGGUUCGGUAUUCGCCCACGAGCGGUCCAGUGAUGAACUUGGAUCACUGGAGAGGACAUGCGGACGACUACGUCGAAUGUUAUAGAUUGUUAUCCACCGCGAUGAACAUGCCGUGGGAUGACGCGCUCGAGAAGCGUGUUCGCGCUGGAUGCAGCUGUGGAGAGUGUUUGGAGGGUGUAAUGUCUCCUCGCCUCCAAUUUUAUAUUCUUGGAUAUAUUCGUGACUCAGUACAGGUAAUCAAGGGACGUUGGGGGCAAAAUACCGACAAAGAGUCCCUUCAAGCCGUCAACAGCAUCUUUGGCCAUCUUCCUACGACACUUUCCGCCAGUUGGGUGGAGGGAGAUGUCCAGACGUACCUCGAACUUGGCGGGACCAUCAACGACGCCUUGGGCUAUCUCUUUGGCGAAUGCUGCUAUAAGGCAUGGAGUCUUAAAUUCCGAAACUUAAAGGAGACAAAGGCCAUCCCCCAUUGCGAUAAUGACGACCUCAUCAAUCCGGUGCGGCUUGUGGCUUGUGGCAUCAAGGAUGGCAAGCCACCAAAGACGACGCCACUUCCGUUUGUCUUUAGGGACGUCUAUUCGCAUGUGAGUCAUAUUUCGACGGGUACAUGA